GGAUCUUCAAUAAUAAUUCACUAAAUAAAAUGAUGAUGAUUAUGAUUUGGUUUUGCUUGUUGAUGAGACUCAUCGACAUCACCAAAGCUAGAUCUGAUAUUUUUUUUCUGCGAUAUUAUUGCCCAAAUACAACUUCUUACUACACUCCUAACAGCACCUAUAAAGCCAACCUUCAUUCCCUUCUCUCUAAUCUUUAUUCCAAUGCCACCCGAGCCGACAAUAAUGGUUUCCACCACACCACAGCCGCCGCCGGCAACGACACCGUGCACGGCUUGUUCUUGUGCCGGGGCGACGUCUCCACCCACGACUGCGGCCGCUGCGUUGCAGAUGCCGGCAAAACCAUACUGGAGCUUUGCGCCAAUGGAAAGACGGCAAUGGUUUGGUACGAUUACUGCCUGUUGCGUUACUCGGAGAAUUCCAUGUUGGGGAUAUUAGACCAAUCGGUGUGGUUCCCAAUGAAGAACCCGGAUAACAAUACUCGACCAAAUGAGUACAUGCAGAUGGUGGGGAACAUGUUGGAUGAGUUAAUCACUCCGGCAUCCGGUGGUUCCGGCGGCAAGAAAUUUGCUGUUUUGCAAGAUAACUUUAGCGGGUUUGAGAGGGUGUUCGCUCUUGGACAGUGUACCCCGGACCUAUCUAACGUUGACUGUCAGAUAUGCUUCAGAAGUGCUAUUAAUACACUGCCUGGUUGCUGUUAUGGAGCCUUGGGUGCUAGAGCUAUGUACCCAAGCUGUUACGUUAGGUAUGAGCUCUAUGCUUUCUACAAUCUCUCCACCGUAGCACCACCGCCGCCACCGUCUCCUAUCCAUCCUCCUCCUCCUCCUCCACCAACUAUGCUCUCCAAUUCCACUAGCAGCAAAGGGAGUAGAGGAAAAUCUUCUGCAAAAGUGAUUGCAGCCUCUGUAGUGUCAGUCACUGGGAUAUUACUCUUCGUUUUAUGCUUUUGUUUCUUCAAAAUGAAAAGAGCAAAGAAGUCCCAUUCUGAUGUGAAGAAGACUACUUCUGGCAUGACUGAAAUUCCAAUAGACGAAUCAGUACAAUAUGAUUUUGGUACUAUUCAAGCUAUCACAAAUUAUUUCUCUCCGGAUAAUAAGAUUGGUGAAGGUGGAUGUAGUUCUGUUUACAAGGGAAGGUUUCCGGAUGGACAAGAAGUAGCGGUGAAGAGAUUGUCGAGUAGUUCAAGACAAGGAGAUGUUGAAUUCAAGAACGAGGUUGCAUUGGUUGCCAAGCUUUUACAUAGAAAUUUAGUAAAAUUGUUGGGGUUUUGCUUGCAUGGAGAAGAAAAGAUACUGGUCUAUGAAUUUGUUUCCAACAAAAGUCUUAACUACUUUUUGUUUGAUCCAGAGAAGAAGCAUUUAUUGAAUUGGUCCACUCGCUUCAAGAUCAUAGUAGGAAUAGCCCGUGGACUCCUCUAUCUUCAUGAAGAUUCGCCUCUCAAAAUUAUACAUCGAGAUUUGAAAGCAAGCAAUGUGCUCUUGGACGGAGAUAUGAACUCAAAAAUAUCUGACUUUGGCUUGGCAAGAGUUUUUAUGGCAGAUCAAACCCAAGAAAAUACAAAUAGAGUUAUAGGAACAUAUGGCUACAUGUCUCCCGAGUAUGUUAAGCAUGGCUUAUUCUCCGUAAAGUCAGAUGUUUUCAGUUUCGGAGUUAUACUCUUGGAGAUUAUAACCGGAAAGAGAAACAAUUCUUUGUCCAUGAAAUCAACCGGAGCUAAAGAUCUUCUUAGCUAUGCUUGGAAACAUUGGAGGGAGGACAGAGCACUAGAGAUGGUGGAUCAAAGUCUUAGAGGUUUGUAUUCGAGAGAUGAAGUGAUCCAAUGUAUGAAUGUUGGGUUGUUGUGUGUUCAAGAAGAUGUGGAUGAAAGGCCAACAAUGGCGAACGUUGUGUUGAUGCUGAAUAGCUUUUCUGCUACAAGGAGAACACCUUCUAAUCCGCCUGCAUUUUUCAAUGGUGGAAUUGAGAGGAUUUCGGUUGGAGGAACAGUGGAUCAGUCCAUGAAUGAAGUUUCGAUUUCAGAUUUGUAUCCCAGAUAAUAAUUACGCACAAAUAUUCGAUCUUUCAACAUUAAUUUGUAGUA